UUGCUACAGUCAACGGUGCUAUUGGGGUACAUAACAUAUGCACGUGUUUGAAACUUUGUGUUUAAAAGUUAGGUUAUUUCUAGUUUCUAAACUUUAGAUGCAAAAUAUAUUUUCAUAAACAAACAUUUUAUUAACAACUCGUUAAUAUAAUCUAUUACUAUAAACAUAACUAAUUUAUGUUAUUGCAACGAAAUAUCAGAGUUUGAUACUUCUGAUAAUUAAGCGGUGAAAAGUAAAAAUUUACGAUAGUUUUUAUUUAAUUAUAAAGUAUAAUAUAAAAUGCUCUAUACAAUAGAAGAAUUGCCGCCGAUUGAUUACGAUCCACCAGUGAAAAAAUUAAAAACCAUAAAAGUUUCCGACUCAAAAUUUAAAAAAUCCCAUAAGAAAAAGAAAAAGAAUAAUCGUUUGCCAAAAAAUAAUGAUGACCCAAAAGUAGUUGAUGACUCAAGUAAUGAUGAAAGUUCAGCUGAAGUUACAGAAUUCAACUCAGCUGCAUGGAGUUCUUUGGGAGUUCCAGCUCCAAUAUUGAAAGCGCUAGAAGAUAAUAAAUUUACAACUCCAACCGUUAUACAAUCUUUGACUCUUGCACCUGCAAUAAUUGGUCGUCGAGAUAUUUUGGGAGCUGCUGAAACAGGAAGUGGUAAAACGUUAGCAUUUGGUAUUCCGAUUUUAGCCGGAAUUUUGAGACUUAAAGAAGAAAAGCCGGAAAUCGAAGAUGACGAACAAGAGUCAGAUGAUUCUUUGAAAGAAAUUAAUCGAUGUGGAACUGCUGAUUCUUGGUUGGUUUCAACAGAUGGAAAUAAUUCAUCUGAUGACUUUUCUGAUUCUGAACAAGACAAUGAGGAAGAAAUCGAUGAUGAUUUAGUAAAUACUAAUGGUAUUGGUUGCGUUAAAGUAAUUGAUUAUGGAAUAGUUGAUGAUUGCACUACAGCAUCAAGUGUUCUAACAAAACCAUUGUAUGCAUUAAUUUUAACACCAACCCGAGAAUUAGCAAUUCAGAUACGAGAUCAUUUGUGCAAAGCAGCUAAAUAUACGGACAUCAAAAUUGCAGUUAUCAUUGGCGGAAUGGCUGCUGUCAAACAAGAACGAAUACUGAGCAAGGGUCCAGAAAUUGUUAUUGCUACACCUGGUAGAUUAUGGGAACUUAUUGAUCAAGGAAAUAUACAUUUGAGUCAAUUACAUUCAAUAAAGUAUUUAGCUAUUGAUGAAACUGAUCGAAUGUUAGAAAAAGGCCAUUUUCAAGAACUUCAUCAAAUAUUAGAACGGAUAAAUUCUAAUUCUCAAGCUUUGGACAAGUGUCAAACGUUCGUUUUUUCUGCUACGCUUACCUUAGUCCAUGAUAUUCCAGAUUUUUUAUUGCGUAAAAAAAAACAUCGUCCUUCAAGUAAAAUAUUUAAAAUAACUCCUGGACAAAAGUUGCAGAAAGUUAUUGAUUUAUUGAAAAUAAAAAAUCCCAAAGUAGUUGAUGUUACUAAGGAACGAGGUACUGCGGGAACAUUAACAGAAUGUCGAAUAGCGUGUACAGUAGAUCACAAAGAUUAUUAUUUGUAUUACUUUUUAAAACGUCAUCCAGGUAGAACAUUAGUAUUUUGCAAUAGUAUUGGGUGUGUCAAACGUUUAGCUACACUAUUUGGGAUUCUUAAUUGUAAUCCCUUGCCUCUCCAUGCAAACAUGAUCCAAAAGCAACGUUUGAAAAAUCUUGAAAAAUUUCAAAAAAAUACCGACGGUCUCUUGAUUGCCACUGACGUAGCGGCAAGAGGUCUUGAUAUUCCUAAUGUUGAACAUGUGAUUCAUUAUCAAGUACCGCGAACAUCUGAAAGUUACGUUCACAGAAGUGGUAGAACGGCACGUGCUCAAAAAGAAGGUAUAACUGUUUUGAUGAUGGAACCUUCUGAAAAACAUUAUUAUACAAAACUUUGUAAAACACUUGGUCACACUCAGGAUAUUCCUACGUUUCCGGUCAUAGAUCGACUUUUAAUUGCAGUAAAAGAACGUGUUAAUGUUGCCAGAGAAAUCGAUAAAUUAGAGUUAAAGUGCAAACGUGAUAAUUUGAAAAAAAGUUGGCUGAAAAAGGCCGCUGAGGAAAUGGAUUUAUUACUUGACGAAGAUGAACAAGAAUCGACGAUGGAGUUGAAAGAAUCAGCGGAUAUGAGACGGCACUUAAAAAUUAAACGAAAUCAACUAUCUAGUCUGCUAUUAAAACCAUUAUUUUCAAAAAGUUUCUCAGGUAAGUAUCCUGAAAUAAAUAUUGGAUCACCGUAUAUUUUAAAUUCAGAAAAAGCAGUAGAUACUAUGAAAAAUGUGGUAAAUAAAAAGCUCAAAUUGAAUCCUAAAAGUGAAAAAAAUAAUAAAAAAAGGCGUCGUGAAUAAAAUAAUUUGUUUUCAUUCUUAUGAUAACUAUUACUAAGUAAUUUACGAUUAAUUAGUUGUGAAUAAAUUUUUAAUUGUUUAGAAAAACUGUCAAUAUUCAUUUUUGUUUGUCCAUUAAAAAAUAUUUUUUUCUACCUUAAAUAAUUUUAAUAUAAAAUAGCCGAUUUAUUUAAACAAAACUACAAUUACAAUAACUUCUUAGAGACUUAUUUAUUACGUUAUUUACAAAGUCAAACUUAAAUAUUUUAUAAAUAUAAUUAUAAAAAUUAUGUGCUAUAUAAUACAGAUUAGUUGAGGACAAUUAAAUGUCAAUUUAAAGAAAAAAAAUUGUUAAAAUUGUCCUAAUUACCCGAGUCAAAAUAAAAAAAGUGCUUUGAGCCUCCAAAUCCUACACGAAGGCAAGGCGGCUGAAAUUAUCUUUCUAGAUUAUGACGAUCCGUAUAUCAAAACGGUUAUUUGAACUUAAACUUGACAAUUUUGUCCGGUUUUACCAAGUUUAGGUUUAAAUAAUCUUUUGUAAAAGAUAAAAUUAGCCUCCAGAGCCUAAGUAUGUGAGAUAAGAAAGAUUCUGAAGGAAAAGAAGGGAAAAGGGGGCCAUUAAUUAGAAAUGGCGAAAUACCAAAAGGGCGUACUACCGCAGUUAGAUAGGAUUUUGUGCCAAAAGGGCGGAUAAAAAUAUUUUUUUUGCCAUUCAACUCAAAAUCGUUUAAAACGUCGAUCAAUAAAAAAAAAAUUUUUGAAUUACUAACGCCAAAAGGGCGUAUUUCAA